AUGGGCAGAGGUGCUCGUGACAAGGACGAAGUGAUCCCAGCCACUGCACCUCGCGCCGUGCGCUCAGUGUCUGUCCGCCCGCUCUUGCCCACGCGCGCGCGCGGCGCGUCGAUCCUUUCACACGUGCAGAAGGCAAAGGCUAGCCGGCGCAGCCUGUCCAGAGCCGUGCCGACGCUCACGUCAUCGCACAAGUCCAGCACCUUCCCGAGGCUAACGAACCACUAUGAGCUUGAGGACAAGACACGUCGUACGAGCCAUUGGGUCGUGCCGCCCAAAGAAAAACAUGCGCUCGUGCGUGCAUGGCUCGUUAGUCGCUGCGGUGAUGGCCUGGAUAAUGCGGAUAAGGCGUGGCUUGGCCGUCAUCGCUUGCGCCGCGAGAACCGGGACGAGCGCAAGCUCGUGGACGAAGGCCGCGAGCUGUAUGACCUGCUUGUCCGUGCUCAUGGAAAAUAUCACGUUCAUGCGACGAAGACAUGGAGGAGAGUUCGAGAGAGAUACGUUGGCCCUUCGAAGGACUUUGUUGCCAAGUGGGUUCGACUUUGCCCCACAUGUCACAAGCGAUGCAAGUAG